AUCGUCCCAUGUAGCCCUUCCACUGCUGCUCAUGAUCUUCAUACUCCCAUCAAACAGCUCGAAUUACCACAUCUGAGAGCAAAACAUUCACAGAAAGCAUUCAAAAUGAAGGCAGUGGUGAUAACAACUCCAGGCGGUCCAGAUGUCAUGCAAGUUCAAGAAGUCGACGAUCCUCAGCUUAAUGAUGAAGAAGUGCUGAUAAAAAUAUGUGCAACAGCGCUGAAUAGGACAGAUACUCUGCAAAGACAGGGCAUGUACCCUCUGCCUAAUGGCGUGCCUCCUUAUCCUGGACUGGAAUGUUCAGGGGUAAUUGAAGCGGUGGGCAAAAAUGUUGACAAAUGGAAAGUAGGUGAUCAGGUGUGUGCUCUUCUUGGGGGAGGAGGUUAUGCAGAAAAAGUGGCAGUUCACUCUGGGCAAGUCCUGCCUGUUCCCAAAGGUAUUUCAUUACAAGAAGCUGCAGCUUUUCCUGAAGUGGCCUGCACUGUUUGGUCAACAGUUUUUAUGACAAGUCAUCUAUCUUCGGGUGAGAAUUUUCUGGUACAUGGAGGUUCUAGUGGGAUUGGAACAUUUGCCAUUCAGAUAGCCAAGCACAUUGGAGCAAAAGUUUUUGUUACAGCAGGAAGUGAGGAAAAGUUGAAACGCUGUAAGGAGCUUGGAGCCGAUGUUGCUAUAAAUUACAAGACAGAAGAUUUUUUGUCUCGUGUAAAGGAGGAAACCGGAGGGAAAGGUGUUGAUGUAAUACUGGACAAUAUUGGUAGUUCUUAUCUUCAGAGGAACCUAGAUGCUUUGGGUCUUGAUGGGAGACUAUUUAUUAUUGGUUUCCAAGGAGGUUCUGUCACAGAGAUCAACUUGUCAAGUGUAUUUGCAAGGCGACUUACUAUCCAAGCCGGUGGAUUGCGGGGUCGGACUGCAGAGAACAAGGCACAUAUUAUUGCUAACAUACAGAAACAUGUCUGGCCUGCCAUUGAAGAAGGAAAAGUAAAGCCUGUGAUUCACAUAUCACUUCCUUUGUCACAAGUGGCAGAGGGCCACAGGAUUAUGGAAUCAAGUUCUCACGUUGGAAAAAUACUACUUACCAUAUAGCAAUUGUCAAGCAAAGAGGACGGAAUAUUACAUUUUCUCCUGCCAUCUUAAUUUUCAUUUACUGAGAGUGAGAGCUAAAGUGGAAUAUGCUAUUUAGUGCACCUGUAUCUAUUGGAGGCAUUGUAGUAACAUGUUCUUUACUUUUGUUCUGUGCCUUGAUUAUACAGAAAACUUGUCCGGUGACUUAUCUCA